GGUCAUGUGCGCUUUUCGCAAAAUCCUGCAGCUGUGAAGCUGUGAUACGAAAAGUUGUCAGCUCCCAUGCGUCAUCCGUUCCGGCUGUCCUUUGAUCCGAACACUUUCGCUCCGUCGAACCUGGCUUUCCGUCGGCUUUCAAAGCGAAACGUCUUUCCGACGCGCUCUUUCGAAAGUCAUGUCGGCGAGUGAUCGGCCCAGCUGAGUGUUUUUACUUACCGUCGAAACGGGCCUUCGAUUCGCGAAAAAAUGGAAGCCGAUAAUGGUGAUCAGGACCAGGAAGUGUCGGACGAGGAGGAGGAAAUGGAGCCCAAGUUACGAUAUGAGCGAAUCCUCAACGACAUGCCCGAAAUCUUGCGCCAUGGUGCUGCCAGCUGUAUUGCAGUACACCCUAAGUUCAUAGCACUGGGCAUGCACUCUGGUGUGGUGUACAUCCUGGACCACCAGGGCAAUAGCAUCCGCAACAAAGAGCUCCAGCUGCACAAGGACUCGGUGCUCCAACUGAGCAUUGACGAACAGGGUGACCACUUGGCCAGCUGCUCACGUGAUGGCAAGGUCGUCGUUCAUGGCUUGUACACGAGUGAUCACAACCAGGUGCUGACAUUUGACCGUCCCGUAGGUGCCGUGGCCAUCGACCCCAACUUCUAUCGCUCUGGCUCGGGAAGACGUUUCGUCACAGGUGUCGACAAGGUGGUGCUGUAUGAAAAGGGUUUCCUGUCCCGGUACCGCACCACCAUCUUACACCAGGGGGAAGGACCGGUUCGCAACAUCUCCUGGAAAGGACGCUUUGCUGCCUGGGCGACUGACCUGACGAUCCUGGUGUAUGACAUGCAAGUGCUCGAUUUCAUCUGCAUGAUUAGCAGGGACCAUGACCCCUUGCUGAAACCCGAGCUCCAUCGGUGCAUCUUGACUUGGCGGGACGAGCGAUGCCUGCUUGUGGGUUGGGCCGACCGUGUCAAGGUGUGCUGUAUCCGCCAGCGAGACCCAUCGCAAAGCACCGUGGCCGAGGACAAUGUCCAGCCAAAGCAGGAACCCUCACAACGCAACCCAGCUGACAUCUAUGUGGAGAUUGUGUCCAUGUUCCAGACCGACUAUUAUGUGUGCGGCCUAGCACACCUCUGCUCGGGGAGUCUCGUGGCUCUCACUGUGCUCAAGAACAUCGACAACUCGGCAGAGAGCAGUCGUCCUCAGCUGCGAGUCAUGGAACCCCACCUGGGUGAAAGUGUUGAGCGUUCGAGUGACAUCCUUUCUGUGCGGGGUUUCCGGGCUUACCGAGCCAGUGACUACUGCCUAGACAGCCUCCCGGAGGAGGGGCUGUUCUUUGUAGUGAGCCCUAAGGAUGUGAUAGUAGCCAAGCCUCGCGACCAGGAUGACCACAUGGACUGGCUCCUGCAGCAUGAAAAGUAUGAGGAGGCCGUGCAGGUUGCAUUGUCCAGUCGUGAUCUCAAGAGGCACACACUGCAAGGUGUGGGCAUGCAGUACCUGGAGCAGUUGAUUGAGAGGAAAGACUUUGAACGUGCGGCCGAGAUGUGUCCGACUGUGUUUGGGGCGGAUGCACGCUUCUGGGAGGAGCUGGUGUACCGCUUUGCGUGCCUUCGGCAACUGCGCUGCCUCGCCCCCGUGCUGCCCCAGGGGGGCCUUGAUCCCACGGCCUAUGAGAUGGUGCUCAACGAGUUCCUCCAGCUGGACCCUGAGGGCUUUCUCAAGCUCAUCACCGAGUGGGACCCGGCACUGUACAGCGUGCCAACUGUGGUGAACGCUGUGAGGGACCGGCUCAGCUAUGAGCCGUCCAGCGUGCCUCUGCUCAAAGGCCUGGCCCACCUCUACUCGGUUGAGGGCAAGUUUGACCUUGCCAUUGCCAUCUACCUCGAGAUCGGCGCAGCGGAUGCAGUGUUCUCUUUAGUCCAGAAGCAUGGCCUGUAUGGUGUGGUUCAGGAGAAGCUGGCACUCCUGAUCCGACUGGACGAGGAGAAGGCCAACGAGCUGCUGGUGAAAUCCACCGACCAGCUGCCGCCGGACACCGUAGCCGAGCGUCUGAGUCCACAGCCACAAGCUUUGUUUCGUUACCUGGAUGCACUGUUCAGACGCAGCCCCGCAUUGUGCGAGGCCCAGCACAUGGAGUUGGCGCGCCUGUAUGCCGAGUACGCACCUGACAAGCUGCUACCACUGCUGCGCCAAUCACACAGCUACCCUCUGGAAGAGGCACUUCGGCUGUGCCAGGAAAGACAACUCACUCCAGCCACCAUCUUUCUACUCAAACGCAUGGGCAACACCAAGGAGGCUCUUCACCAGAUCAUGGACAAGCUGGGAGACGUCCACCAAGCCAUCGCUUUCUGCAAGGAGCAUGACGACUCGGAACUCUGGGCGGAUCUUAUCGAGUACUCACUCGACAAGCCACCCUUCAUCACGACAUUGCUGCACAAGAUUGGUGCGCAUGUCAAUCCAAUCUUGCUGAUCUUGCGCAUCCCCACGGGGCUGGACAUUCCCCAGCUUCGGGACUCUCUAGUCAAGAUCAUGCGGGACUACAACCUUCAGAUCUCCCUGCGUGAAGGCUGCAAGAAGAUUCUGGUAUCCGAUUGCAUCGGCCUGCUGCAAAAGCUGCACCGGCAGCAGAGUCGGGGCAUUGCCAUUGCCUAUGACCAGCUAUGCCAUGCUUGCAACCGACGGAUACUCUCCAAAGAUGUCCGCCACUUGGAGGACGUGGUAGUGUUCUUCUGCAAGCAUGCUUUUCACAGCAACUGCCUACCCAGUCUACCGAUGUGCAGCCUCUGCAGUGCCGACAAACAAGCGCAAAGCCUGGGAGCCUGAAGAGCAACGCUUGGCUGAUGCGGUCAAAUCACAAUACUCUACGAGGAAGCUUUGCCGCUGACUCUGGAAAGUUUGUGCACACCAAAGGAAACGGGCAUGUUGGGGGGAAAGGGUUGUUCAAUAAAUAGAGUUGCCGUCCAUAGCAGUCUUGGCCUA